AUGGCUAAGGCGUACGUCGAUUGGCUCAAGUGUCGCAGCAAACGCGAGGCAACCACGAACAUCAUCAAGUCGAAGAUGCAGAAAGAGUUACUGUCGGAGCUCUGGGAACGAUUAGCUCAACAGCAAGAGAGAGUUUUCGAUGAGGCGAUCGCAGCCAGGGUGCUGAAUCAGUCAACGUACGAGAAACGAAUUGUUACGAAGUUGUGCGAGGUACGCAACCAGAAGAAUAUCAUGGCCGAGAACCAGAUGAUCUUCGAGACUAUGACGUCGGAGGCUAACGAGACAAAGAUGCGCAUGGGCUUGGAGCGCGAGAAGGACCAGGCCAGCAAGCUGCAGAAGGACUUCGAGAUCGAGUGCCAGAGAAUGUGCGAGCUCAGGCAGAGGCUUCACGAGGAGAAGCUGCGAAAACUGCAGGAGAGACACUGUCAAUUCUGUCGCGAGACGGUCAAGGAAGUGAUCAACCUCGCUCUGAAGAUCGAGGACUAUCGGCAAACGAACGAUGGCCUCGUUCCGGAGACAAUUCUGCGCGAGUGGAAGACGAUGUUCGUCAGGUGUCAGCCGAUCACCGACGACGAAAUCGAGGUCGAGAUCGACGUCGACACCGACACAGAUAACGAGGAAGAAGAUUCGUUGUUCGAGAAGAUCUCGAAGAUAAAGCAGGAGAGAAUCGAGGUGCUGCAGGACGGCCUCUUGGAGGAUUAUCUCGAAACGAAUCCGCCUUGGGACGCGUUCGCGCCGAUGGUCGCCGAAGACGCUCGCGAAACGUUCGAGUUGGGCCGCGUUGUGCUCGGUUACGUCGUGCAUCGUCUUCUCAACUACAUCCACGCGGAUAUAAAUAAACCGCGCCCCUCGUUGCCGAACACAAAGAACGCCGUGAUAAUCCUCGGCAUUGGGAAUCCAACAGUGCACGAGUCCAUCAGGCAGUUGCUGGAGAACAAUGACAUUCAUUUGGUGAGGAUGGAGGACGCGAUCAAUUACUGUCUCAAACAGUACAAGGCAGAGAUGUUGGACGCGGAGUCGAUCGAUUUGAACAUAGUUGCGGCAACCAACGAGGUCGUGAAAGAACUUCAACGAGGAAAGCAACGGAUCUCUUGUUUGAGGAAAAGACGGGCCAGCUCAGGGUCCAAGUCCGAAGAAGCCGUGUCGCGGAGAAGCAGGUCGUCGAUGCCUACGACGAAGAAUGAUAGUCAGACGAGCAAGAUGGAUAGGUUGAGCAAAGAGGCGAAGUCGCAUACCCAGGAGAAACAGACGCAGACUCCUAGGAACUUGCCCUUUGACGAUCUAGAUCCUGUGUUGAGCGACUCGGCGUACAUCGGUAAGUGGGCUUACGAGUACCUCACGUUGGGCGAGCCGAUCACUAACCAACUCACGACCAAGAUCUUGAUCGAGUACCUGAAGAGUCUAGAUGGUGCCAAAGGCUGGGUUGUGGUCGAGUACCCGAACACGUACGAGCAAAUGUCGCUGCUAGAAGCAGCCCUGACGGGUUCCAAGAUACCUCCGGACCCUGAGCUCCUGGAUUUCGAGGAUGUUACCAUCGAGGAUGUCCAGUCCAUCUCUCCUAGAAUCGUUUACGAAGACGAUGUCGACCCUGUCCCUAUGUACAGGCAAUCGAGAAUCGUGCCAGAUCCGAUCAAGAAGAUGAAGGAUAUCCCUGCGACCACGUUCGCCAGGUUGUUUGUCAGAGUCGAGCAGAAGCCGAAGAGCUUCGAUCACGAGGGAGAACGUUACGAGAGGCUGAAGAAGGAUACCCCCUCGAUAGACAAGUUCUACGCCUCUCAGAACGUCGCUUAUCUGCUCUACUACACCAACUUGGACCUAACGACCUUGAAGACGUUGGCGAGACUCGUAAUUGGAAAACACGUGCAGGGCAAGUCGUCCGAAGAACUGUUCGGAGAUGCCUUGAAGGGCCACGAUCGGGCCAAGGAGCCUCGCAGCACUGGCUCCAAGGCUCCUGUGGUUAGACGCAUGCUUCCUGCGACAGACCUCGAAGAGGAUAAAGAAGCAAGCGAAGAGGAAGAAGAAGAAGAAGAAGAAGAAGUGGACUAUGCCAGAGGCGAUUUCUUGAACUUAGACAUGCGUCAACCUAGACCAGGGGACGCUAACUGGGAAUGGAUCGAAAUCCCGUUGCCCUCGACGCUCGUGGAAUGUUUGGCGAGCCUGUGGGAGGUCGCUGAGAAGAUGUACACCGAAGGUCUGAAGGAGCUGUUGUUCCUGAAGAGCGUGCACGCGUCGGGCCUCGUUCCGUACAAGGACUUCAUCGUGAGGAACGCGUGGGAGUUCAUUAAGAGACCGUGCAACAAGCAGGAUCUGUUGAACGAGUUUCAUUUCGCGUUCAACGAGAUCGACGAGGACGCCAGGCAUGAUCUGGACGUCAAGUGCGAGCUGCAUCGUCGAGUGGCCGAUUUCCAGGCCCAAUUGUGGGACAUUUGCGACAAGAGGAGGCGCGAAACUGAAGAGGAACGUAAACGGUUCGUCGACAAUGAUUGGACUGUCUUCGAGGCGAUGAUGUUGUUCAAUGUUUACGUGGGGAUGGUUCAGGUUGAGGUAGACUUAUUCAUCGACACGAUACAAAUGGUCCAAGACUACUACUUGGGAAUGCUGAAGAGGCCCCUGCAAGAGUCACGUUUUCCAAAAGUCGUUCUGAACCGAAUGCAAGUGGGCGAAGUCGAGCCCGUGAACUUUCAAGAACAGCCAGAGUCUCCGAAGCCCGGGGAGAGAUUAACAGAUCGGAAAGGGGCGAAACGGUUCAAGGGUGGUUCGCCUAAACCGGUUGCUGCUUCUUCCCCUCCGCCGGCGCCGGACUAUGCUCUUCUGCGAAAGGAGAUCAACGACUACUUGCUCGACAGAAACAAACCUUUUCGGAAUUCGGAGGACGUGUGCGUCUUCAAGACUAUUCUAGAGAACGUCAGAUUUGCGAGGAGCAUCGUGGACCGUCUUUCCGCGUUGGUAGACGAGGUUCUCAAGAGAGAAACGACAGUGAUUUCCAAGACCAAAGACCUUACGAUCCAUUCCACCGAUUCGAUCGCUAUCAAGGCGGCAGCCAGAGGACACGAUCUCGCGUUGGAAUCGCGGUAUGCCUUCACGUACGAGGUCGAUCGAAUUCGUCUAAGACUAGACACGAUAGUCGCCGCUGCUCGAUCGGAACUCGCUUUCUUGCUGGAGUCCAUGCAAAGGACCUUCCAUCGAUUCUACGACGCCAUCGUGGACAGGUACUGGCACGAGAUGAAGAGCGUGAACGAUAUGGCGGACGUGUUCUGUUUCGCCAUCGAGGAAGGCAGGUACCUCGAGAAAGAGAUGCUGCUGGAGGACGACCAUUUCGUAAUUCGAUCAAACGUGUUCGUGAUGAAGGUGCCGUCUAAGACGCUGACGACCGUGAAAGAGACCGUCUCGGACACGCGAUUCAGAAUCGCUCAGCUGGCACGAUUGAUGGAGAUAUUUCGCAGGGUCGCUCCGUUCGGGAGCAUGUCGGAACGUGCUUUCGUUUAUAUUCUCCAGGACGUGGCGAGCCACGGGAUGGAGGAAGGGGAGGAGAUAGCCUUGCCUUGCUGUUGGUACCGUCUUCGACCUGCCGAUAUCACGACUCUGAUCGACAGGCUGUUCGAAUCCCCUGAUUACGUCGAUUGGCGGGAAUUCGUCGUUUACGCGAUGGACCUGCCGAUCCCGUCGCAUCGUGACAUUCUUCUGGCGAGGGAUCGGUUCAGAAUCCAGGAUCAGGACUUGAAGGAGGUCGUGACCGUCGCGCAGUACCUCUGGACGUCGUUGUGGUUCCUCGAGUGCACCGAGUCGACCGUCGACGUCUUCAAGCUGCUCAGCGACGACUUUCAGAGAAAUCGCGAGGAGCUCUACGAAGCAGAACUCUAUCACUUCGAUCGCGAAAGGUACGGCAUGUCGCAGGAUCGAUUCAGGAAUAACUCGACCGCUAACCUGGGGAUCUUCGACUCGACCCCCGAGGAAACGCUUAGGAUGAUCCUGGCCAAGGAUCUGUUAUGUCGAAUGUACAUGGUCGAUCGACGCACGGUUAAUUACACCGCGCUGCUGUUGGCUUUGUGCAAGGACGAGAAUCCUCGCGAAGGAUUCUCUAAGGCCCUCGCCCUGGCGAUGGGGAGCAGAGUGUGCACCGACGUGGAAGAGGGUGAGAGGUACGUGGAGAAACUGUACGAGCAGAAGCGUGCUGCAAGGCGGAGUCAGUUGUCGCGGGAAGCUUCUCGUCACGAAGCUAGACAGAUAACCGAGGAAAUCGUUCGUCGCCUGAUGGACAGAGUCGAAGAAACUAUCGGGUGGUCGGUGGAAAAGCAGUCGCUGGAGAAGCUCGACGACACGACGUCGGGACUUGUCUUCGAAGAGGAGAUGGAACACGAGGGGAUCUCGAUAAUCAGUUCGUCGAUUUUCGGCGAAAGCGAAUUUAAAUUCCGACCCACGGAUCAAGAAGACGUCAUUUACUGGCUGCCCCUGGACGUUUGUCUCACGGUCCUGACUGCCGCAUUGCCGUGGCACACCUUGAAACCGGAGAUUUUCGUACCCUGCCGUCCGAACCUGCGGGAUAGUUUAAUUUUCGUGUACCAGGAACUGAAGGACGAGGACCUCAACGAGGGGGAGAACGUCGUUCUUGCUCAUCGACUUCUGAAUCACGAGUUCAUGAAGCGUUUGUUGAAUAGCGUCGGGAAGUUCACCGCCAGGAACGUGGGGAAAAUGAUUCAGGAAAUUCUACGAACGAAAGAGAAUUCGAAGUCUGGUUAAGUCGCGGGGAUUUCUCUUGUCCUUGUUCCUUUCG